AUGAGUUCUAUGAUUGAUAGUUUGACCCCAAAAUCAAGUGGUCUGGAAGAAGCCGCCCCAGUGGGAAAUGAACACACAGACAUUAAGAAGGAAUCACCAGUUGAUGAAGAAAUUCCAAUCAAAGAAAGCACUUCUGCAAACAAUGUCGAGAUCCCAAAUGGUAGUGCUGAAGCUCCAUCUAAUGGUAGUGCUGGUGUUGGUUCUGGUUCUGGUUCUGGUUCUGGUGGUCUGGAACCACCUACUCAAGAAGCUCCAAAUAUUAAGAAUGCUACUGCCCCUGUUAUUCCAGAAAUUAAAAUUAUUAGAAGAAAAUUAAAUGGUUAUGUUGGUUUUGCUAAUUUACCAAAACAAUGGCAUAGAAAAUCUGUUAGAAGAGGUUUUAAUUUAAAUUUACUUAGUGUUGGUGAAUCAGGUUUAGGUAAAUCAACUUUAAUUAAUACUUUAUUCAAUAAAGAAUUAUAUUCUCCAAAAGAUCCAAGAGAUCCAGCUGCUGAAAAACCAACUGGUGUUACAAUUGAUACCAUUAGUGAUGAUAUUGAAGAAAAUGGUGUCAAAUUACAUUUAACCGUUAUAGAUACUCCAGGUUUUGGUGAUCAAGUUAAUAAUAAUGAUUCAUGGCAACCAAUUGUUGAUGAAAUUAAUUCAAGAUUUGAUUCUUAUUUAGAAUUUGAAAAUAAAAUUAAUAGAACUACUUCAACUGAUAAUAGAAUUCAUGCAUGUUUAUAUUUUAUUGAACCAACUGGUCAUUCUUUAAAACCUUUAGAUAUUGAAUUUUUAAAACAAGUACAUCAAAAAGUUAAUAUUAUACCAAUUAUUGCUAAAUCAGAUACUUUAACUGAAGAGGAAAUUUUUGAAUUUAAACAAAGAAUAUUAGAUGAUAUUAAAACUCAAGGUAUUGAUAUAUUUGAACCAACUGUUUAUGAAAAUGAUGAUGAAGAAACAAUUUCUGCAACUAAAGAAAUUUUAUCAAAAGUUCCAUUUGCAAUUGUUGGUUCUACAACUGAAAUUCAAACUGCAGAUGGUAGAGUUGUUAGAGGUCGUCAAUAUCCAUGGGGUACUAUUGAAGUUGAUAAUGAAGAUCAUAAUGAUUUUGUAAGAUUACGUCAAUUAUUAGUUAGAAAUUUCUUGGAAGAAUUAAGAGAAAAAACUUCACAUAAAUUAUAUGAAUCUUAUAGAAGUGAAAAAUUAAAUAAAUUAGGUAUUCCACAAGAUCAUAGUGUAUUUAGAGAAUUUGAUCCAUCAAUUAAACAACAAGAAGAAAAAGCUUUACAUGAAGCUAAAUUAGCUAAAUUAGAAGCUGAAAUGAAACAAAUAUUUCAACAAAAAGUUAGUGAAAAGGAGAAAAAAUUACAAAAAUCUGAAGCUGAAUUAUUUUCAAGACAUAAAGAAGUUAAAGAAAAAUUAUUAAAACAAGUUAAAACUUUAGAAGAAAAAAAGAAACAAUUAGAAAAUGCACGUUUAAAUCCACAUACUGAACCAACUCCAGCUCCAGCUCCAAAAGCUAAAAAGGGUUUCUUACGUUAA